AUUUAAUUAAUAACUCGACCACCACCAACCUCAAUUGAGCGCAACAUGGCUGCGAGAGUGCUGCUGCGACAGCGUGUCGCUGCGCCUUUCAUGGCUGCGACUCUCGUCGGAGGAGCUUUAUUUCCCUCGGUUGUGAUGGCUGAUGCGCCCUCACACGACUACCAUUCUAAGAAACCUAUCUACGAUGACUACGAGACCUUCCUACCUCCGAAAUCCAGUCCUUCGCCGGUCUCACCACCAUCCUCAGACACCCUUCCACCAACAUUAUCGUUACCACCAUCUUCAUCACCGUCAGAGCAAAAGCACCACAGCCCAACGCCAACAGACCGACUAGCAGUAGAAAUAGGGAAAGCCCGUCUAUUCCUAUACCGAUAUGCCACAGCCACAGAAGAUGCCGUCAACGGCGCCAUCGACUCAGCAUUCCACCUCGAGCGAUCCUUCACCGAGACCGUAGCCUCCCUAGCGCCCGCGCGCGAGAGCGGCGAAAAACUAAUGCCGGGAUUAGUGUACGUCUUAGUAGCAUCAAUGGCCGGCAGCAUCAUGACACGAAACCGCAACAUCGUCCUGCGCGCCUCCAUGCCCCUAGCCCUCGGUAUCGGCGCCGGAUGGUUAUUAAUCCCCGUCACUAUGGCCAACGUAUCCGAUCUUCUAUGGCGAUACGAGCGACGCUUCCCGGCUAUCGCCGAUGCCCAUAUUGCGACCCGCGAGGGCGUGCGGGACGCAUGGCGAUUCGCUAGGGUGCAUGUCGACGUUGGGAAAAAUUACGUUGAUGAGAAGGUUAGCGACGCUAGGGAUAUCGUCGAGGGCUGGGUGAAGAAGGGUAAAUAAAUGAGCAAAUAGAGAGGAACGGCUUUACUCGGAAAAGGAGAGCUUCCUUGUACUAUAGACGAAUAGACACAAAAUUUGCUUUGUUUCGAAGCUAGGAGGGAAUAUACUUGUGUACUAGAUCGAAUGUAUAAGCAUCCACGGAUAUCAUGAAUGUUCUAGUUUAUGGCAUCCAUAAUCUUCCAGUGAAAUAUUGAUAUUCCUUGGCUUGA